CCUUCUGCCGCCGCCUGCUGGUUCCAAAGGAGUGAAGUCGCUCCGGGUUGUCUCUGUUUGCCCGGGAAGGAAAGGUCACUCAGAGAGACGCAGGCUGGGGCCCUGAGGAACGGGCUUGUCUGUCCAGAGGCUGCUUUUACACAUGAAGAAAAUACAGCACCAAAAUUGCAACCGUCCAGGGUCAGAAUAAAUGAUGGGAGGCAGAGAUGGAGAUGACCUCUCACUAAGAAGCUAAUAAAGCCAAACACAGGUUGAAUGUUCAGGAUUCCCCUGCAGCUGGUGAUGGAGUACCCAGUUAUGGAAACCAGCUCACUUUUUACCUCAGGAAUUAAGAAACCUGUGAAAGAGAAAAGAAUUUCAAAGACUGCCAAGUUGAAUGUUUCUCUUGCUUCAAAAAUCAAAACAAAAAUAAUAAACAAUUCUUCUAUUUUCAAAAUUUCUUUAAAGCACAACAACAGGGCAUUAGCUCAAGCUCUUAGUAGAGAGAAAGAGAAUUCUCGAAGAAUUACAACUGAAAAGACACUAUUGCAAAAAGAAGUGGAGAAACUGAAUUUUGAGAACACAUUUCUUCGUCUAAAGCUAAAUAAUUUGAAUAAGAAGCUUAUAGAAAUAGAAGCACUCAUGAACAAUAACUUGAUAACUGCAAUUGAAAUGAGCACUCUUUCUGAGUUCCAUCAGAGUCCAUUUCUGUUGCCAAGUAGCAAGAAGAAACGGGUUAGUAAACAGUGCAAAUUGAUGCGUCUUCCAUUUGCAAGGGUUCCGUUAACUUCAAAUGAUGAUGAUGAUGAUGAUGAUGACAAUAAAGAGAAAACGCAGUGUAACAAUAAAACCAUAUCAAAGACAUCACCUGAUACUCCCUCUUUGGUAUCAACAAGACGAUUAUCAACUCAGCAUAAUUUGGAAUCAUUAUUUCAUAAGGAAAAGGAUCAGAAUGUUUAUGGUUUAAAUGUUUCAGAACAUAUCUCUUCAGUUGUUGAUACACUUCCCAAAGAAAGCCAUUCCCAUUCAGAACAAAAUUCCAGGAGUUCUCUAAAAAGUGAGAUGAAAAACGCCCAGUCGAUCAGCUAUGGAAAGGAGAAGUCAUCUCCUAUUAAUGUGACUAAAAGGAAAAAACGUGUAUCAUCUUGGGAAUCAAAUAAUCCCAAAGACAGUCCUUGUGUAACAGAUUUAGAUCAACAACAGAUUUCAAGUCCAGAAUUAAAUUGGAUUGCAAUAAAAGAUUUUACUAAUGAAACAAAUAAUAAAAUGCAAAGAAAUAUACUGUGCUUUCCUGCCUCAUCUGAGUCUGCAAGUGAACCCACUGCAGAGGGCAUGAAUCAAGUUCAUGGCAAUGAUGACUUUCAGUUGCAGAAAACUGUGUAUGAUGAUGACAUGGAUUUAACUGCUAGUGAAGUAAGCAAAAUUGUUACAGUUUCAACAGGCCCUAAAAAUAAAAGUGAUAGAAAACCAAAUGACUGUGGAAUGAAAACUUUCAGAAAAGUGAAAGACUCAAGCUCUGAAAAAAAGAGAGAAAAAUCAAAGAGACAAUUUAAAAAUAGUUCAGAUGUGAACACUGAGGAAAAGAUUGAAAAUGGAACAAUAAGAAGAUCUAUUGUCCUAGAUGGUGAAGGAGAUUCAGAAGAUCCAAAUUUUAUUUUCAAUAUAGAAAAGCUGACUCAAUCGAACAUACCAAAGAAAAUAACCCUUCAUAAUGGCUUUGCUCAGGAUGACAGACAAGGUACACAGUAUAACAAAAAGAAGAAAAGAAUUCAUGUAACAGGUGAGCAAAAGGAAAUACAUACUUUCUCCCAAAGUUCAGAUAAAUUCCAGCAGGACAAUAAAUUUGAUAUGGGUGCAAGUUCUCUAGCUUGUAAGAAAAUUAAAGCUUCUAGACAGACAUUUGUGAUUGAUAAGUUUGAAAAAGAUAACUUAUUCCCAAACCAAGACAUUAAAGGAACUACCUCUGAAAACCUAGGAGUCACAAAUGAAUUUCAAACAGCUUGUCUUUCCAACAAAGAUAAUGGAGAUUUAUGUGAUUAUGAGACCCGAGAUAUAUUAGACUUGAAAAAGCAAGUCACUGAUAUGCAACCCAUUCAGCACAAUGAACCAAAAAUAAAUAAGCUUAGGCAGAAAAUAAAUCGAAAGACAGAAGUAAUUUCUCAGAUGAGCCAAAUAUUUGGGGAUAAUACUAAAGAUGUGCCUGGCCCAGAAAAAGGUGAUUUUCCCUUGCAAACCCAAGAGGAUAAAAAAAACAUCUGUGGAAACCUAGGAGUUUCAAAUGAGUUUCAAAAAUCUGCUCUUUCCCCCAGCAACAAUGGAAACCUGUGUGAUUGUGAGACCCAGAAUAUGUUGGGUUUGCAAAAACAGAUCACCAGUGUGUACCCUGUUCAGCAAAAUGAAUCAGAAAUUAAUAAGAAUCUGAGGCAGAAAGUAAAUCGGAAGACAGAAUUAAUUUCUGAAAUGAAUCAUUUGGCUAAUGACGGAAAUGGAUAUUGCCCAGAAAAGGGUAACUCUUUCUUCCUAACCCAGGAUAAAAAACUCAUCCCUGAAAACCUAGAAGACACAAGUGAGUUUCACACACCUGCUCUUUCUACCAAAGAUAAUGGAAAGCUAUAUGAUUAUGACACUCACAAUGUUUGCGGGGUGAAAAAGCAUGUUCACGAUAUACAACCUGCUUGUCAAAAUGAAUCAAAAGUAGAUAAGAAGCUUAGGCAAAAGGUAUGUCGGAAGACACAAAUCAUUUCUGGAAUCAACCAACUAUAUGAGAAUGAUGACAAAGGCAUGCAUGACCCAGGAAAAUGUAACUUAUUUUCCCUAAUGCAAAAAGAUAAAGAAGUCGUCCCUGAAAACCUAAAAGACGGAAAUGAGUUUCAGUUUCAGAUAGCUGAAAUGUCCCCCAGAGGUAAUAGGAACCUAUGUGAUUACGAAACUCAAAACAUUUUAGGGGUGAAAACGCCUGCUACUGAUAUGCCACCUGGGAAGCAAAAUGAAUCAAAAAUAAAUAAGAGGCUCAGGCAGAAAGUAAGUCAUAAGACAGAAAUAAUUUUGGGAAUGAACCGAAAAAAUGAGUUUAACAGCAAAGAUAUACAUGACCCAAAAAAAGGUAACUUCUCUUCCCUGACCUCAAAGGAUAAAGAGACCAUUUCUGAAAACCUAGAAUUCACAAAUGAUUUUCAAACAAUUUAUCCAAUUUAUCUUUCCACCAAAGAUAAUGGAAAUUUAUAUGAUUACAAGACCCAGAAUAUGUUGGAUUUGAAAAAGCAUGCCACUGAUAUGCAACCUGCUCAGCAAAAUGAACCAAAAAUAAAUAAGAAGCUUAGGCAGAAAGUAAAUCAGAAGACAGAAAUAAUUUCUGAAAUGUACCAAAUAUAUGAGGAUGAUGAUAAGCAUGUGCAUGGCCAAGAAGGCUGUACAAAAGAUCUUGAUUUUAAAAUAAAUGAACCUAAACAAAGACUUGAAGGCCAAAAUGUUAUCGGUGGAUACUGUAAGGGAAUCAACAGUGAUGAAAAGGAAAAUUGGGAUAAAAUUUCAAAUCCUUGCAAACCAGUUAAAAAGCACAAGAAAGAAUCAUCAGGCAAGACAAAGAACAUUUUGACAAAAAGUAAAAAGAAACCUGUUUUACAGUUAACAGGUUCUUCACAGAUGUCCAUGUCCUUAGAACCAAGUUUAAAACAUAUUACUAAUGAGGCAGAUUCUGAUCCAGGAAACCAAACAGAACCACAGAAGAGUCUGAAGCAAAGCAUUACAACACUGAAUAAAAAGAGAGAUGUCUCCUUUGUGGAAGUGACAGAGGAAAGACAGUGCCAGACUGAAAAAGUAAAUAAAAUGACACCCAAAUCAAAGAAAAGGAAGACCUUCAUAGAUCCUUCUCCAGAUAGUCAUGAACUAAUGGAGACAGUACCUGACACUGUUCAGGGAAUAUCAGUUGGAUCUGAAUACACUAUUAAGAGAGAAAAAUUGGAAAAUGAGGAAAUCGUCAAACCAGACUUUUACACAAAAAAGUUGAAACCUUUAUCUCAGAUAUAUUCACCUAACAGAAAGGAUUCUUCCUUUAGCAGUGUUUUUGAGAGUUCAAUACCUUUGAGUGCUUUGUCUAGUAAAAAUAGGAGAGAAAAUUUUGUUCUGGAGCGUUCACCUGUCUUUCAAGUAAGUGAUGAUGUGCAUGAGAUGAAAGAGAUGAAACUGAAAGUCAUCCAGAGAACACAAAAAUCAGAAAUAGGUAUUAGAACGCUACAGGACUUGACAAAUACCAGUUCUGUUUCAAAUAACACUGCUAAAUCUGAAAAUAAGUUAGAAGAAUUAUCUUCAGAGCUGCCAAGCCGAAGAAGAAGGUGUACUCCUCUCUCCUUAAAAGAGCCAAGUCUAAAAGGGAAGAUGAGAAGAUGAGGUGAAUUUAUGGAUUCUGGUUUUUCUGAAUUCUAAAACCAUAAGUCAAAACAGGGAUAUAGCUAGGAUCAAGAAGAUAAAACCAUGAUGAAAAGGUUGGGGAUGUUUUUCUUCAUCUUCUGCCUUUUCCUGGAGUGCUUAUUUAUCUAUUUUUAUGUGUAGAUAAUAUGCAUAAAAUAGCUACUUUGUAAUAUUAAGCUUUUUAGGUUAUUUUUGUCAUUCUAAAAUGUAUCUUCUUGCUCACUUAAGUUCCUUUCAAGUGAACAACCGUUAACUAAACAGUAGCUGUUAGCCUUUUAACCAAAUAAAAGCAUUAUAAUUACUUUUA